AUGGCUACGAGACAGCUUUUAAUCGCGGCUGCUUUACGUGAAGAACGAUUGGAGCGUAGAAGGAACCGGCGCCGCCUGCGUAAUCAAUUAAAUAUUUCAAAUAUUCCCGAUCUAGAGUUUGUCGGAAAUUACAGACUCAGUCGGGAAUUAUUCGAGGAGUUGUGCCAGGACAUAGUGCCUUUAUUGCCUCCAAAGGGAAGACGACAUGGAAUCGAGCCCACACUUAAAAUACUUACUGCUUUGAACUUUUAUGCCCGAGGAAGUUACCAGGGGUCAGUGGGACAAAAUAUGGAUGGGCCCAUGGCACAACAGACAGUGUCCCGUUGUUUACAAGAGGUAACAACUGCACUUAAUGCACCCCACAUACUAAGGAAGCACAUAAGAUUCCCACAAAAUAGGAAUGAAAGGAAUCUUAUUAAGCAGAAAUUUUAUGAUAAAUAUGGGCUACCCGCUGUGGUGGGGUGCAUCGAUUGUUCACAUGUAGCCAUAGUGAGGCCUUCGGAGCACGAGGAACGAUAUUUUAAUCGAAAACAUUUUCAUUCGAUUAAUACUCAAGUUAUAUGUGACAGUGAUUUAUUAAUUACAAAUGUUGAUGCUUCAUAUGGUGGAGCAACUCACGACGCUUAUAUUUGGAGGGAAUGUGAGAUAAGAAACCACUUGGAGGGUCUCCAGGAUGAAACAGUUUAUCUAUUAGGUGAUUCUGGUUAUGCUCUAAGGGAGCAUAUGAUGACACCUGUAGAUAAUGCUGUUGAGAACUCUCCAGAGGGAAGGUACAAUUACCUCCAAAAACGUCUACGCUGCACCAUAGAACGCACAUUUGGUGUAUUGAAGGGUCGAUGGAGAUGUCUUUUGGCAGCUAGGGAACUCCAUUACUGCCCAGAAACAGCAGGUAAAAUUAUAUUAGCCUGCUGUGUUUUACACAACAUGUGUAUAAGGGCUGGUAUUGAAGGUCCCGAGUUGACUGAAGAGGAACACCAAUCGGAGAGAACCAGGCAGGUUCCCUUUGAAACAGCCGCAUCUUCUACUCAAGCUCUACAGGCAGGUCGAAGGGCAAGGAAUUCAUUAAUACAAAUGUUAGAAAGGAACCGGUAA